UACAGUUAUUUAAAAAAGUUGUGAAAAUUGAAGAUACGUCUCAUUUGUUCUUAACAUAUAAUAAUCGUCCACUGUUUAAAUCCCCAGCAUAUUGCAAUGGAUCUAAAGCAGAUCGAUGAGGAAGCCCGACAGGCUGCUAUUAAGGAAAUAAAAAAUAUGUUCCAACGCCCGGGUCAAUUGGAAAAGGUGGAUCAAUAUCGACAUCGUGUCUACCGAAAAAAAGUUUCGAUUGAAUCGAUGCUAAAGACUUGCAUGCAGAAUCAAACAGACGACGUGAAAAUCGGUGUCAAAAAGCUUCAAUCUGCCCUGGAAGAUAUUGGGGAGAUUGACCAGCAGACUAAGGGCGCGGUUUCGCAGCUUACCGAUGUUCCUGCAAUUUACGAAGCUCUGGAGGCCGUCCGGGAUGAGAACGCAAAACACUCGCAAUACAUGACGGCUAUGGAAAAUUUGAAACAUAUAUUUACGGUGCAGUCUAGCGUGGCCAAAACAAUGCAAUGGAUUGAGGAGGAUAAGCUGCUGCACGCCCACCAAUGUUUGUCGGACUUGGAAAACUCGAGAGAUGACUUGCUGUUCGAAUUGCAUAAGCUUCCGAAGCAGAAUGCACACGAUAAGAUUACGCUAAAGCGAUACUUCGAAAAGGUGGAAAUGGUAUCAGCUACACUGGAGAAGAAGAUUCGAUUAAUUCUUCAGCGGACGCUGAACACGGUGCGAAAGGAACCCACCGUAAUUGUGACCGCUCUGAGGAUUAUUGAACGAGAGGAAAAAGCUGAUGCUUUUGCGCUACAACAGCAGAAACAAACAGGCUUUAUCCCUCCUGGACGGCCGAAAGAGUGGCGCAAGAAAGCAAUUCAGGUUCUUAAUGAGGCGGUUAUCCAGCGAAUUGAGGGAUCCAAGUUGGAGGAAAGGUCGGAUAAUAAGUUAUGGUUGGUUCGAGACUUGGAACUGACUCGCCAGUUUAUUCUGGAAGAUUUGCGAGUUGUCAAGUCACUGUGUGUGCCCUGCUUUCCGCCGCAUUAUAAUAUUUUAAGGGAAUACGUCAGCAUGUAUCAUAAUGCGUUAUCAAGAUAUCUUGAAGAAUUAAUUCAAAUGGGUUUGGAAGGAAACGAGUUUGUUACAAUCUUAUCCUGGAUCAUGAAUACUUACCCUGGUCGAGAAAUGAUGCAACAUCCCGAUUUGCAAAUUGAUUUAUCCAACGCAGGGCCUUUGGUUAACGAGCAAGUCCUAAAGGGGAUGGAAACUGCUUAUUUGAAAACAAUGGAAAGAAACUAUCAGGACUGGAUGACGAAGACAUUGGAAACGGAGAAGGCUGAUUGGAUCAACGGCGUCCCGGUCGAUUCGGCUGAUCAGUUCUAUCACACAUCAGCACCAGUUAUCAUCUUUCAGAUGAUUGAUCAAAAUCUGCAGGUGACAAACACAAUACAUUCUGAUCUAACGUUCCACGCUUUGAUUUUAAGCAUCCAGCAAGUUAUCAAAUACGGUCAUAACUAUCGUGGCGCAAUUAUCGAAUAUAAAGAGCGACAUUUUCGAGACCGAAGCCUUGCACCAUUCUUUACUCAACAUAUUAUUACGAUCGUGAAUAACUGUGCACAAAUGAUAGAGCUUGCCCAACAGAUGAAACAGCUAUACUGGCCUAAAUCAAAACCACAACAUUACGAGGAGUUUGGCCGUUUAUUGAUGACCUAUCAAACGCUACGAGAUGAAGCUGGGUUAUUUCUGCUGGAAGAAGCAUUUCUAGAUCUGGAAAUUCAUUUUAAUGAUCUGUUCACUGCAAAAUGGGUCGGUUCAACGGUUUCUGUUGAUACAAUUUGCGUUACCCUUGAGGAUUAUUUUCAGGAUUAUAAUCACCUUCGCUCAAUAAACUUCGAAUACGUGAUUAGUGAAGCACAACGGUUGGUAGCCAAGCGCUACAUAAAAGCUAUGCUUUCGAAGCGGUUGAGCAAAACCCGUCAAGAAUGCGACAUUCUUGCGAAAAAAAUUAACAAAGAAGCCAAACAAAUCAAGACGUUUUUCGAGAAAGUUGCCCCAAAUGUCUCCCGAAAUGACACCCCCAUUGACGUUAUUUCCAAUCUGGCUAAUCUCUUGACCUGUGACGCGGAAAUGCUGGUGCUUGAUCUUCACACAUUGCUCUCCAGCUAUCCUUCGCUUACGGAGGAUCAUGUGGUGCGGUUGUUUUACAUGAGAAGCGAUUUCAAGGCCAGCGAGGUAAAGGAGAAGGUUCAUGAUGCUAUCGUGUCGAAAAAGACUACCGUAAGUCACGACAAGCAGGACAGCAUCUUUAAAGAGAUUUUAUUUGCCGACAAGCUAUGGUGAAACCAUAAAGGAAGAUGGUAAAUUUUAGAAUACGGUUAUAAUUACGUUGAUUAGAACACACAUAAAUAAAGCAUUCAAUAGUUACUUUA